CAGGUCGACCCUGGAGACAGCAGGGAGUCAGAGGAUCCAUCUCACCGGCAUUCACCAGGUCUCCCACAGGGAAUGGCUGGUGAUCCACCAGCUGGAAAUAACUUUGUAAACUUACAACCACAACAAUGUGUUUCUCGGACAAAUGUAAGUGAGGCAACACUUGUAGAAAAAUUAAAUUCUCCAAUACAACAAGUAACAUGGAUGAGGGACAGGGACCAGAGCUUCCCGAGUCUGGACCAAAAGGGUGACAUUGCGAGGGAAAGUGAGAUUCACGUCGAUGAUCAUCAUCCUGAAAUAGAACAAGCCAAGGACUUGAUGUCCAAACCACAAAGAGAGGUCGACCCUGGAGACAGCAGGGAGUCAGAGGAUCCAUCUCACUGGCAUUCACCAGGUCUGCCACAGGGAAUGAUUGAUGUUCCACCAGCUGGAAAUAACCAGGAUGAAAAUCGGAGACCACUACAACUUAUGAAGGAUUUGGGUUUACAGGAUCAUUAUCCUCACAAACUGUCACUGACGUCCAUGCGGGAGGUAUCCUGGGAUAAACUGGAUGACAACAAACCAACUCGACCAGACGUUCUUCCUUGGCGAUUUCUCCAAAUGAUCCUCUCAGCUAAUUCACUGGCGAGGAAUCCUGAAUGGCCCCCUGCUCAAUCUUCAAAAGACAACAAAGAUGACGUAGAAGAUUUCAUCCAUUUCUUUCAAGCACAAAGGCCAGGAGAUUCUGGGAUUAACCCUCUGGAUAUCAUUGCUGCCAUUUUCCUCUGUGCCGACCACUCUCUCCAGCAGGAACUGAUGCUGAAGAUGUCUCUGUGCCAACUUGCAUUACCCUUUCUGCUGCCGGAAGGGCACAGUUACCCCAGGGACAAGGUGAGGGGACCCAUGGAAGGGCCUGGUGCCACCCUUCUCCUCUGGGCCAUGAGGCCCAUUGUUAAAAUGUGGUGCCCACAAUCUCCCACAGGGAGCAGCCCCGAUAUGGUGACGCCUAUCAUGACAGCAACCGUGCCAACUGUCUCCUUCCUCAGACUCGGAAGAUGCACGGUGUCCAAAUCCAAACUCCUCAAUCUCACCUUGAGCCAGACCCAGCUGCAGCAGAACAUCUUCCUGCACUCUGGGAUGGAAUGUGGGAAUGUGCCCCGUAGGAUAUCGGAUGGGUUGGCUGAGAUCAGCUGGUAUCUACCUUCUGGGAAGAGCAACACGGACAUUUUCCCGGAGGCUGCUGCAUUCAUCAACCUUCGAGGUGACGCUGAAACUUACCAGGGACACACUCGGUUUCUGGCAAAAGUCUCUACUGCUCUCUUUAUUUUCAUUGACGUUAUCGGUGAGAAGGAAAGAGAAUUCCUCACCUCUCUCGCACAGUCACCGACAAAACUCUUUCUGAUAGUGAACACUAACAUCAGUCAGCAACACAUCACCCCUGAGCAGGUAAAGAAACUGUUCAAAGAUCUGAAGAUACAACCUCAACAAUGCAUUGUUCGGACAAAUGUAAACAAAGCCGAACUUGUGGAAGGACUUCAUUCUCAGAUAAAACAAGUGAUUCUAAUGAGUGACAGGGAACAGAGCUUCCCGAGUCUGGAGCAAACGGGUGACGUUGCGAGGGAAAAUGGGAUUCCGGAAGAUGAACUUCAUCAUGAAAUAGAACAAGCCAAGAACAUGAUGUCCAAACCGCAGAGAAAGGUCGACCCUGGAGACAGCAGGGAAUCAGAGGAUCCAUCUCACCGACAUUCACCAGGUCUCCCACAGGGAAUGGCUGGUGAUCCACCAGCUGGAAAUAACUUUGUAAACUUACAACCACAACAAUGUGUUUCUCGGACAAAUGUAAGUGAGGCAACACUUGUAGAAAAAUUAAAUUCUCCAAUACAACAAGUAACAUGGAUGAGGGACAGGGACCAGAGCUUCCCGAGUCUGGACCAAAAGGGUGACAUUGCGAGGGAAAGUGAGAUUCACGUCGAUGAUCAUCAUCCUGAAAUAGAACAAGCCAAGGACUUGAUGUCCAAACCACAGAGAGUGGCCGACCCUGGAGACAGCAGGGAGUCAGAGGAUCCAUCUCACUGGCAUUCACCAGGUCUGCCACAGGGAAUGAUUGGUGUUCCACCAGCUGGAAAUAACCAGGAUGAAAAUCGGGGACCAUUACAACUUAUGAAGGAUUUGGGUUUACAGGAUCAUUAUCCUCACAAACUGUCACUGACGUCCAUGCGGGAGGUAUCCUGGGAUAAACUGGACGACAGCAAACCAACUCAACCAGAAGUUCUUCCUUGGCGAUUUCUCCAAAUGAUCCUCUCAGCUAAUUCACUGGCGAGGAAUCCUGAAUGGCCGCCUGCUCAGUCUUCAAAAGACAACAAAGCUGACGUAGAAGAUUUCAUCCAUUUCCUUCAAGCACAAAGGCCACGGGAUUCUGGGAUUAACCCUCUGGAUAUCAUUGCUGCCAUUUUCCUCUGUGCCGACCACUCUCUCCAGCAGGAACUGAUGCUGAAGAUGUCUCUGUGCCAACUUGCAUUACCCUUUCUGCUGCCGGAAGGGCACAGUUACCCCAGGGACAAGGUGAGGGGACCCAUGGAAGGACCUGGUGCCACCCUUCUCCUCUGGGCCUUGAGGCCCAUUGUUAAAAUGUGGUGCCCACAAUCUCCCACAGGGAGCAGCCGCGUUGUGGAGAUGCCCAUCAUGACAGCAACCGUGCCAACUGUCUCCUUCCUCAGACUCGGAAGGUGCACGGUGUCCAAAUCCAAACUCCUCAAUCUCACCUUGAGCCAGACCCAGCUGCAGCAGAACAUCUUCCUGCACUCCGGGAUGGAAUGUGGGAAUGUGCCCCGUAGGAUAUCGGAUGGGUUGGCUGAGAUCAGCUGGUAUCUACCUUCUGGGAAGAGCAACACGGACAUUUUCCCGGAGGCUGCUGCAUUCAUCAACCUCCGAGGUGACGCUGAAACUUACCAGGGACACACCCGGUUUCUGGCAAAAGUCUCUGCUGCUCUCUUUAUUUUCAUUGACGUUAUCGGCGAGAAGGAAAGAGAAUUCCUCACCUCUCUUGCACAGUCACCGGCAAAACUCUUUCUGAUAGUGAACACUUACAUCAGUCAGCAACACAUCACCCCUGAACAGGUAAAGAAACUGUUCAAAGUUCUGAAGAUACAACCUCAACAAUGUAUUGUUCGGACAAAUGUAAACAAAGCCGAACUUGUGGAAGGACUUCAUUCUCAGAUAAAACAAGUGAUUCAAAUGAGUGACAGGGAACAGAGCUUCCCGAGUCUGGAGCAAACCGGUGACGUUGCGAGGGAAAAUGGGAUUCCGGAAGAUGAACUUCAUCAUGAAAUAGAACAAGCCAAGAACAUGAUGUCCAAACCGCAGAGAAAGGUCGACCCUGGAGACAGCAGGGAAUCAGAGGAUCCAUCUCACCGGCAUUCACCAGGUCUCCCACAGGGAAUGGCUGGUGAUCCACCAGCUGGAAAUAACUUUGUAAACUUACAACCACAACAAUGUGUUUCUCGGACAAAUGUAAGUGUGGCAACACUUGUAGAAAAAUUAAAUUCUCCGAUACAACAAGUGUCAUGGAUGAGGGGCAGGGACCAGAACUUCCCGAGUCUGGACCAAAAGGGUGACAUUGCGAGGGAAAGUGAGAUUCACAUCGAUGAUCAUCAUCCUGAAAUACAACGGGCCAAGGACCUGACGUCCAAACCACAGAGAGUGGCCGACCAUGGAGACAGCAGGGAGUCAGAGGAUCCAUCUCACCGACAUUCAACAGGUCUGCCACAGGGAAUGAUUGAUGUUCCACCAGCUGGAAGUAACCAGGAUGAAAAUCGGAAUCCCCUAGAACUUAUGAAGGAUUUGGGUUUACUGGAUCAUUAUCCUCACAAACUGUCACUGAUGUCAAUGCGGGAGGUAUGCUGGGGUAAACUGGAUGACAGCAAACCAACUCGACCAGAAAAUCUUCCUUGGCGAUUUCUCCAAAUGAUCCUCUCAGCUAAUUCACUGGCGAGGAAUCCUGAAUGGCCGCCUGCUCAGUCUUCAAAAGACAACAAAGAUGACGUAGAAGAUUUCAUCCAUUUCUUUCAAGCACAAAGGCGACGGGAUUCUGGGAUUAACCCUCUGGAUAUCAUUGCUGCCAUUUUCCUCUGUGCCGACCACUCUCUCCAGCAGGAACUGAUGCUGAAGAUGUCUCUGUGCCAACUUGCAUUACCCUUUCUGCUGCCGGAAGGGCACAGUUACCCCAGGGACAAGGUGAGGGGACCCAUGGAAGGACCUGGUGCCACCCUUCUCCUCUGGGCCUUGAGGCCCAUUGUUAAAAUGUGGUGCCCACAAUCUCCCACAGGGAGCAGCCGCGUUGUGGAGAUGCCCAUCAUGACAGCAACCGUGCCAACUGUCUCCUUCCUCAGACUCGGAAGGUGCACGGUGUCCAAAUCCAAACUCCUCAAUCUCACCUUGAGCCAGACCCAGCUGCAGCAGAACAUCUUCCUGCACUCCGGGAUGGAAUGUGGGAAUGUGCCCCGUAGGAUAUCGGAUGGGUUGGCUGAGAUCAGCUGGUAUCUACCUUCUGGGAAGAGCAACACGGACAUUUUCCCGGAGGCUGCUGCAUUCAUCAACCUCCGAGGUGACGCUGAAACUUACCAGGGACACACCCGGUUUCUGGCAAAAGUCUCUGCUGCUCUCUUUAUUUUCAUUGACGUUAUCGGCGAGAAGGAAAGAGAAUUCCUCACCUCUCUCGCACAGUCACCGGCAAAACUCUUUCUGAUAGUGAACACUUACAUCAGUCAGCAACACAUCACCCCUGAACAGGUAAAGAAACUGUUCAAAGUUCUGAAGAUACAACCUCAACAAUGUAUUGUUCGGACAAAUGUAAACAAAGCCGAACUUGUGGAAGGACUUCAUUCUCAGAUAAAACAAGUGAUUCUAAUGAGUGACAGGGAACAGAGCUUCCCGAGUCUGGAGCAAACCGGUGACGUUGCGAGGGAAAAUGGGAUUCCGGAAGAUGAACUUCAUCAUGAAAUAGAACAAGCCAAGAACAUGAUGUCCAAACCGCAGAGAAAGGUCGACCCUGGAGACAGCAGGGAAUCAGAGGAUCCAUCUCACCGGCAUUCACCAGGUCUCCCACAGGGAAUGGCUGGUGAUCCACCAGCUGGAAAUAACUUUGUAAACUUACAACCACAACAAUGUGUUUCUCGGACAAAUGUAAGUGUGGCAACACUUGUAGAAAAAUUAAAUUCUCCGAUACAACAAGUGUCAUGGAUGAGGGGCAGGGACCAGAACUUCCCGAGUCUGGACCAAAAGGGUGACAUUGCGAGGGAAAGUGAGAUUCACAUCGAUGAUCAUCAUCCUGAAAUAGAACAAGCCAAGGACUUGAUGUCCAAACCACAGAGAGUGGCCGACCCUGGAGACAGCAGGGAGUCAGAGGAUCCAUCUCACUGGCAUUCACCAGGUAUUCCACAGGGAAUGAUUGAUGUUCCACCAGCUGGAAAUAACCAGGAUGAAAAUCGGACACCACUACAACUUAUGAAGGAUUUGGGUUUACAGGAUCAUUAUCCUCACAAACUGUCACUGACGUCCAUGCGGGAGGUAUCCUGGGAUAAACUGGACGAUAGCAAACCAACUCGACCAGAAGAUCUUACUUGGCGAUUUCUCCAAAAGAUCCUCUCAGCUAAUUCACUGGCGAGGAAUCCUGAAUGGCCCCCUGAUCAAUCUUCAAAAGACAACGAAGAAGAUAUAGAAGAUUUCAGCUAUUUCUUUCAAGCACAAGGGCCAGGAGAUUCUCGGAUUAAUCCUCUGGAUAUCAUUGCUGCCAUUUUCCUCUGUGCCAACUACUCUCUCCAGCAGGAACUGAUGCUGAAGAUGUCUCUAUGCCAACUUGCAUUACCCUUUCUGCUGCCAGAAGGGCACAGUCGCUCCAGGGACAAGGUGAGGGGACCCAUGGAAGGACCUGGUGCCACCCUUCUCCUCUGGGCCAUGAGGCCCAUUGUUAAAAUGUGGUGCCCACAUCCUCCCACAGGGAGCAGCCGCGUUGUGGAGAAGCCCAUCGUGACAGCAACCGUGCCAACUGUCUCCUUCCUCAGACUCGGAAGAUGCACGGUGUCCAAAUCCAAACUCCUCAAUCUCACCUUGAGCCAGACCCAGCAGCAGCAGAACAUCUUCCUGCACUCCGGGAUGAAAUGUGGGAAUGUGCCCCGUGAGAUAUCGGGUGGGAUGGCUGAGAUCAGCUGGUAUCUACCUUCUGGGAAGAACAUCACAAACAUUUUCCCGGAGGCUGCUGCAUUCAUCAACCUCCGAGGUGAUGCUGAAACUUACCAGGGACACACUCGGUUUCUGGCAAAAGUCUCUGCUGCUCUCUUUAUUUUCAUUGACGUUAUCGGUGAGAAGGAAAGAGAAUUCCUCACCUCACUCGCACAGUCACCGGCAAAACUCUUUCUGAUAGUGAACACUCACAUCAGUGAGCAACACAUCAGCCCUGAGCAGGUAAAGAAACUGUUUGUAGAUCUGAAGUUGAAACCUCAACAAUGCAUUGUUCGGACAAACGUAAACGAGGCCGAACUUAUGGAAAAACUUCGUUCUCAGGUUAAUCAAGUGAUUCUAAUGAGUGACAGGGACCAGAUCUUCCUGAGUCUGGAACAAAUGGGUGACAUUGCGAGAGAAAGUGGGAUUCAGGUCGAUGAACAUCAGCCUGAAAUACAACGGGCCAAGGACCUGACCAAUAUACUGGGCAGUCUUGACCCUGCAGACAUCAUUCGGUAUAAAAAGAGAGUGCUGCCCUUUCAUGGAGAGCCCUGGCAAGGACUGUCUAAAGUUGAGAAAGAGAAGUCUCGGAUGAAACUCCGUGGGAACAGAACCACAGAGAAGUAUAACCACGAACUGGACCAAGACAAGAAAAGAAUCCGGGAAGCUCAGCUCAGACAGAGCCUGUCGGGAGAGAUGCAGAUGUUCAUUGACCACCUCACGUGUCCUGGUGGGGAUGACAGGGCCAUUUACUUGCAGUGGCUGAAGCUGAUGCUGGACAGUAAAUCAAGGGAAAUCAUGGCAGGAUUGCGCAGGGAUUACAAAAAACUGAGCAAACACUCAAAGCAGAAGGUCAAGGAGCUGAAGGACAUGGAUCAGAAGAUGACUGAUAGUUCCCUGGGACUUGAGCACUUCAUGAGGGAACUGGGCCAGGUUUAUGAAUUCUCAGUGACACAACACAACAUCAAGCAACAAACACAGAUCCACCCACAUGUGCUUCAGUUACCGGGUGUUGCUGCUGAGCUGUUGCUGGAUGGGUUCCCACUGGAGCUCAUUGAUGGAGACGUCUCCAACAUUCCUGUUUCAUGGAUCACUGCUGUACUGGAAGCAGUGGCCGAGAAGGUGGGACGUGCUUCCCGAGUGUUUGUGCUGACAGUGAUUGGAGUUCAGAGCACAGGCAAGUCCACGCUCCUCAAUACAAUGUUCUGUUUGCGGUUUGCUGUGAGCAGCGGCCGAUGUACUCGAGGGGCCUACAUGCAGCUGAUGAAGGUCACAGGGAGCCUCGCGGAGGAGCUGGGCUGUGACUUCAUCCUGGUCAUUGACACGGAGGGGCUGAGAGCUCCAGAACUUGCAACACUAACAGACAGCUACGAACACGACAAUGAGCUGGCAACAUUCGUGGUGGGAUUAAGCAACAUAACAUUGGUAAACAUAGGCAUGGAAAACAUCGCAGAGAUGAAAGAUAUUUUACAGAUUGUUAUUCAUUCCUUACUCCGCAUGAAACUGACGGGGAAAAGACCAAAGUGUAUAUUUAUCCACCAGAAUGUUGGAGAUGUGAGUGCACAUGAUCAGAAUCUGAGAGGCCGUCAGAAACUGCUGGAACAGUUGGAUAAGAUGACAGAGGCUGCAGCAAAACUGGAGAAGGUGGAGGGAGUUACGUUCCGUGAUGUGAUGGACUAUGAUGCUGACAAGGACAACUGGUACAUCCCUGGUCUGUGGCAAGGUACACCCCCAAUGGCUGCCGUCAACACUGGCUACAGUGAACACGUCUUCCAACUGAAGAAGAGUCUCAUUCAAUGUUUACUCAAAGGGAAACUAGAACAAGGAGCUUUCACAAUCCCAGACUUUACCAAAUGGAUGACUGGCCUUUGGGAGCAGGUGAAACAUGAGAAUUUCAUUUUCAGCUUCCAGAACAGUCUGUUCGCAGAGGCUUACAACCAGCUUUCUGUGAAGUACAAGGACUGGGAGUGGGAGCUCCGCAAAUUCACGCACGCCUGGGGAAACAAGGCUGAAAACACAGUAAACAAUGCCAGUGGUGACCUCAACCUACUGCUCCAAACACUGGAAUGUGAGAUCAGGAUGGAGAUUAACAAAAGGGAGGGUGAGACUCUGGAUAAACUAAAAGCUCUGUUUGAAAGUGGGGCUGAUAACGUGCAGCUGAUGGAGAAAUACAGGGAGGAAUUCAAGCUCAGUAUCUCCAGUUUAUGCAGACGGCUUCAGGACGAUUCAAUGCAGAGAUGUAAGGAUGCCGUGAACAGACGUGUGGGACUGCAGGGAGUGGAUGCUAGUUGGAAUAAAUUUCACCAGAAGAUCGAACAACAGGUCAAGGAGCUUUUAUUAAAGUGUAAAGGGGCAAAUCAGGAGUUGGGUGACGAGGAACUGCAAACUGCCUUUGGAAAGAUGUGGCAAGACACACUGUCACAGCUGGACUAUCAGCCCUGUAGAGAAAGAAACGUUGAACUGGAGAUUGAAAAUCUUCUCAGAGAGAACACAGCAACUCACGGGAGGGUGAUUAAUGAAAUGCUAGAUAGAAAACCUCUCUGUAAACAGGGAACUCAGUGCUUUCAAAUUGAAGGGAAACACAUCAACACGACAUGGAAGAGACGUGUUAAAACCACAAUUGGGAUAUCCUCGCACCAAUCAGAUGUUAAUCGGGCAGCAAUGAUAACACAGUCCCUAGAGGAUCAAUGCCAUCAAUGGAUCAGUGACAUCACAAAAAUGUACAUGGAUUAUGACAAUAAAUAUUGCAUUGAUCUUUUGAAUUUUAUACAGGAGAAAAUUAACAAUAUUUCACACCCAAACUUCACAAUGAGUGAGGAAUUCAGGGCUGAGUUUAAACUUCGCCUGUGUGGUUUCGCUGUACCAAGAUUCCAAGAGAUGCAGACGAGGUUCAUCCAGAAACACGACCCGCGGCAAAGACUGGAAAACAUGAAGGGUCAAUACUUUGAUCUCUUCAUUGAUAUUUACACAGAGCAGGAUGCGAACCAGAGACAAGCAGAACGGUUUGCACAAUCUUGUUUCUUGCCAGCUCUCAGAGACGCCACCCUCAAGGAUCUCAGUGUGAAAAUCGUGGAUGAUAUGAAACAAAAUGACCCUGAGAGCAAGUACAGUCUCCGCAACAACUUCACUGUGGCCCUCCUGGUGCACUUGAAACAAAGGGAUACAUUUGAUGACUAUCACCGGUAUAUCACUGACCUUGAGAAUUUGGCCAAAGACUGGCUCCAUCAGCAGGUUAUUGAACACUGCAAGACACAACGUGAUGGAGAGAGCACGUUUACCCGUCUGGCUAAAGGAAUCCUCACACAGAUCACUGGGAAAGCUAAAGAGAUUGUUGAGGAUGCAGUGAUGCAGAACUUUGCUGGAAAUGUUCAGAGCUUCCUGGACAUGUUUGUUGAAAAGUUAAAGACCAGGAUCUCAAUGCCCAAAGAUGAAAUGAAACUCGUUAUGUUUCACAGUGACGGUGAUGGCAAGAAAUGGGCAGAAGCAGUUCUGCCAUCUAUUGAAGAGGUGGAGCAGAAACUCCUCAGUGAGGUAACAGGCUGGGAUGUCCAAGCAAAGAUUGAAGAAUUAUCCAUUAAACCCAGGGAUGAGCUGUUCAAAGGGUUAUUCAAUUGUACCAAGAAAUGUCCUUUCUGUGGGGUUUUCUGUGAUUCAGAGACCCCGGUACAUUCACAGCACUCUUGUAAGCAGCACAGACCUGAAGGACUCAAUGGCUAUCACUUCGUAGGAAGUGAACUUCUUUCAAUUGACGUCUGCACAGCUUCAGUUGCAGGUCAUGGAACAUUUAAAAAUGACGACACAAAUUGGGAAUUGAAACCCUUCAAGGAUUAUCAAACUGUCAAUGAUUACUACAAAUCCUGGAUCAUCCAGCAGGAAAUUUCUGCACAGGCAGCAUCCUAUUGGAAGAAGGUUUUCUACAAUUUCAAUGAUCUGUUUGCUGAAGAAUAUGAAGUAAAAACUGCAGAGAUCGAUGAAGCCUGGGACAUUGACUGGGAUGAAGUGAGGGAAGAUCUGAAUAAGACGUAUAACACAAACAUUCAGUCUUGUGGUCCUCCUCACUUCCUCACUCUCAUCGACCGUCGACCUUCGAGGCAUCACCGCCGCCACGAGACUUCACCUCCGCUGAGGCCCUAUCAUUGCGAGGCCUCACCGCUGGCACCACCCCACUUCACGCCUCCGUGGUGCCAAUCCGGACCCCAGCCGCGGGUUUCUACCCCAAGGUCCCGGCCGGGCCCCGACCCGGGCUUCUACGCGGCGAUCUGGGAGGCAUUGAGAACCUGGCGCCCCGAUAAAGGAUUCCGGCCGUGUUCCCAGUCUACAGCUGCAGCCCGUCAGGAAGCCUUCUGGCCGCAUAACGAGCCCGGCGGUCGAGUGAGGAGGGACAUCGGUGAGAGUGGAGGGGUGUCGGAGAGCCGUCGCUUGUAUGAAUGCCUGCGGUUGGCCGGUCGGUCGAGGAUGGGCCACAGCAGCCCCGGCGGUCGUGAGGGAGCGAGUGAUUAUUGCGUUCAAGAACCAGCCCUCACGUCUGAUGACGCGCCCCCUCAACACCUCAAACUCUCCACCCCUCUCCUCUCCGCCCACUCCCUCUCUGCCCUGGCGAGUAAGCGUAACCAGCUUGACAAGUAA